AUGGUCUCAGCUGUGAUAGUGAUGUCAAACGAUCGAGUCCUGCCUCAUGACGUUACCACCAAGGAUGACCUCUUCUUUCACGUCACCUGCAAUUAUACUGCUUCUACACUCAACGAAGUCAGGCAAGGAAUCGUUGUCGGUGGUCCUUCACCUGUGGCGAUCGCAUCGAGCGAAGUUCAUCGUCGAAUUUCUUUGCAAAUCAUGAGGAAGGGCCGUCCAGUUGACAGCGUAUUCAUCGGGGAGACAUUGGUAGCUCGUGUUGAAAGCGACAUUUCUCCUGAUCGCCUGCGAAUUAUCGAGUGCACGGCGCAUCGUGUUGGCGGAAAUGGACCUCCAACCUCUGUUGGUUUGAUCGCGGAUGGGUGUGCUCUACUUCCUUCUUUGAUGGCUCCUAUGGUGAUGGGCGACAAUGGAUGGGAGUCAUCAUUAUCAGCGUUCCGCAUAGACGGAAGCGAACAGAUUGACGUCGUCUGCAUGGUGGCCGUUUGCCAAGAUGAAGCUUGUCCUCAG